AUGGCCGUGAUCCGCACGCGAAGUGGUGCUACCCCGUGGGCGGUUUUCGCGAGCAGCGCUGCCGCCAGUGUCGCCGCCGCCACGCUGCUGGUCGCGUGUCUGCUGAGUGGCGGCAGCUGGGCGAACUUCGCGGAGGCGCAACCAGCGUCGCCGCAACCCGCGUCGCCGAAAAUGGUCGUUCCGACUGUUGCGCCCGCGGCUAAACCAGGGAAGGAUCUUCCACCAUUGGAUCCUGACUGGGAGGCGCAGAUGCAGUCGAUCAUCCAGCAGGUGGCGAAUCAGAAGGAGCUCUCCUCAUUUGCCCAGAUUUUCUCUAACCAAUUCAAAACGGAGCAGCUCUACAUCGAUCGGAAUGCAACCAUCCUCAUCCCCACCAACGCCGGCUACUGGCGAUUCGAAAGCCGGUGGGACACUCUCACCCGCAGACAGAAGCGUCGGUUACUCCGUUACCACAUUCUCAAGGGCCGUUACACUGCGGGGCAGCUCCUGAAUGCUGCUCCGGGCACCCUCUUUCCUACUCUUAACACGAACCUGCCGGUAAACAAGACAUUUAAGGCGACCAUAGUGCCUUUCCAGUCGUAUUUGACGAGGGUCGUGACGACGAUGACCGUGCUGAAUGCCGCGCUGACAGAUAAUUUCGUUGCGCAUGGGGUGACAAUGGUGCUCCUGCCGCCCAACCUCAACUGCACCCGGUCUUCUUGCAGUGACGAAUCCAUGAAGUUAAAUUAG